CGGUUCUCCGCGUCUCCGGACGCGCCCCCCCGCUACAGAGAGUCACCUUGCCCGGCUGCUGCUGCUGCUGACCCGGUUACAGAGAGAGCAGGUGGACCGUCCGGCUCCGAGGCGGACAGACAGAUAGACAGGCAGUCAGACAGGCAGGCAGGCGGCGGGAAUCUAACCCGGGACUCUGCGACCGGUGACAACAUGGCGGAGACUAAACCCAAAACCUCUCCUAAGGCCAUCAAGUUCCUGUUCGGAGGCUUGGCCGGGAUGGGGGCCACAGUGUUUGUGCAGCCCCUGGACCUGGUGAAGAACAGGAUGCAGCUGAGUGGUCAGGGUACCAAGGCUCGGGAAUAUAAGACCAGCUUCCACGCUCUCUUCUCCAUCCUGAAGAACGAGGGAGUCGGAGGCAUCUACACCGGGUACUCUAUCUCUAUUAGAGCUCUAUAAGAGCUCUAUAGAUAUAGAUGGAUAGAUACCCGGAUGGGUAUCUACACCAUCCUGUUUGAGAAGAUGACCGAUGGAUAGAUAGAUGGAUGGAUGAACUUCCUGUUAAAGGCUCUGAUCGGUAUGACGGCCGGAGCUGUCGGAGCGUUCGUCGGGACUCCAGCUGAGGUCGCUCUGAUCAGGAUGACAGCUGAUGGACGUCUCCCAGCAGACCAGAGGAGAGGUUACAGUAAUGUUUUCAACGCUCUCGCUCGGAUCACCAGAGAGGAAGGUGUCACCACGCUGUGGAGGGGUUGUAUCCCCACGAUGGCUCGGGCCGUGGUGGUGAACGCCGCUCAGCUCGCCUCCUACUCUCAGACCAAACAGGCGCUGCUCGACUCAGGGUGUAAUGUUUCUCUGGGACAGGGUAUUCUCUGUCACUUCUGUGCCAGUAUGAUCAGCGGUCUGGUUACCACGGCAGCAUCGAUGCCGGUCGACAUCGUUAAGACCAGGAUCCAGAACAUGAAGAUGAUCGACGGGAAGCCUGAGUACAAGAACGGUGUGGAGGUGCUGAUGCGCGUGGUGAGGAACGAGGGCUUCUUCUCUCUGUGGAAAGGCUUCACCCCGUACUACGCUCGCCUCGGCCCUCACACGGUCCUCACCUUCAUCUUCCUGGAGCAGAUGAACCGGCUGUACAAGACCCACGUCCUGGACCGCUACCACACACACACACACACACACACACACACACACACACACACACUUCGUCUUCCUGACAUCACUUCUCAUAACUCAGAUCUGAAGAAACAGUGGCACAUUUAGUGAAAAUGUUGGACUCUAUGUUCUCAUGUUUGUGUGUCUGAGUGUCUGAUGGGACAACAGUCUCUGACACAGACACACACACACACACACACACACACACACACACACACACACACACAGACACACACAGACACACACAGACACAGUUCUUUUUGUACAGAAAAGAAUCUUGUUUAAACAUAAUUUAGUGAUGUCAGUAAAUAUAAUAAUAUGAAGUCUUAUUUGUAAGAUGAUGACCCCCCCCCCACUCUGACAAACACAAAGCAUCAUGGGAUGGCUCGGUAACCAUGGUUACAGCCAGUGAAAGUGGCGGCGGAGAGAAAAGAUGAAUAAAUGUUUUUCUGAGCCUCA